AUGGUCUAUGCUUAUAAUAACAAACCAGGUGUACCAGGGUUUAUGAUGGUCUGUGCUUAUAAUAACAAACUGAGUGUACCAGGAUUUAUAAUGAUCUAUGCUUAUAAUAACAAACCAGGUGUACCAGGGUUUAUAAUUGUCUGUGCUUAUAAUAACAAACCAGGUGUACCAGGGUUUAUAAUGGAUGUAGUUUUGACUAGUGGUUGCUCAGAUGCCUUACAUCAAAUUAUAUCCGUGCUAGCGAACCCAGGACAGAACUGUCUCAUACCCAAACCUGGGUUCUCCCUCUAUGAAACCGUUGCUCGCUCAAUUGGUGUUGAUGUUAAACGAUACGAAUUAUUGCCCAAUAAAGACUGGGAAGUAAAUAUUGAACACAUGGAAUCGCAGAUUGAUGACAACACAACAUUCAUUAUUGUUAAUGACCCGUCAAAUCCUUGUGGUUCAGUAUAUUCUAGAGAACAUCUGCUACAAAUACUAAAAGUUGCUGAGAAACAUAAGCUUCCAAUAGUGUCAGAUGAAAUAUAUGCAAGCUUUGUGUUCCCUGGUGAAAGGUAUUACAAUCUAGCAGGGCUCACAUCGGAAGUACCGAUCUUAUCCUGCAGCAGUAUUUCUAAAAGGUAUUUUUGUCCUGGAUGGCGUUUUGGUUGGAUUAUAAUACAUGACCGAAAUAAUGUAUUUGAGAAGGAGGUCCGCGGUGCCUUGGUGAGAUUAUCACAGCGUGUUGUUCGAACAAACUCUUUAAUCCAGUCAGCGAUAAAGAGCAUUCUUGAAGAUACGCCGCAAGAUUUUCUUGCCAGCAUCAUUGAAGCGGUGGCGAAAAAUGCACAUCAUAUGUACAGGGAGAUGUGCAAGAUUCCUGGUCUUCAGCCUGUGAUGCCACGUGCAGCAAUGUACAUGAUGAUCGGUAUUGAAAUAGAUAAGUUUCCUGAUUUCAAAGACGAUAUAGAAUUUAUAAAGAAGAUGAUCAGUGACCAGUCUGUUUUGUGUCUGCCGGGACAGUGUUUCAAGUAUCCUAACUUCUUUCGAGUGGUGUUGACUGUUCCACAGUCUGACAUAACAGAAGCUUGUACCCGCAUUGCAGACUUUUGUAAAAAGUAUUAUGUUGCUUGAGAUUGCUUCACCUUAAACACGAUAACUAUAAAU